AUGAAUGUAUGGGAGGGGAACACACCUCUUCACAUUGCUGCUGGGCUUGGGAAGGUGAAGAUUGCUAAACUUCUAUUGGAAUCACAGUGCGAAGUCAAGCUACGCAACAAGAACAACCAGACUCCGUUGGAUCUUGCACGGCAGAAUGAUCAUCGUGAUGUGGCUUUUCUCAUUGGUGCAAAUAGAAUGAAUAAAGGAAAGCUCUCGUUUUUCUCUCGGAACAAGAAGAAGGAAAGCAACAAGCUGGACGGAUUUGGAAAUUCAUCCCAUCAUCACCAUAGCGAUAGCUCACCUAAUGAUAAGCAUAAACGCAAACACAGUGAUGAAAGGAGAGAUGAUGAUGAUAUGGACGGUGGUCAGGGUGGUGCUAGGAUACGAGGGAGGAGAGAGAUGGAACCUACAGACAGACACUCAUCGGGGAGCAGUAAGGGAAAAUCCAAGAAGAAGAGGGACAAGAACCAAGGUCAGAACCUCUUUGUGCGGGAGGAGAUGAAGAAGCAUUUGAAAUUGGAGAAGAAACUCCAAGAACAAAUCCAACUUGGUCGGGAAAUGGCGAAUCCCCCACAUGGAGAGCAGGGGAAUCCCCAUUUUAGGACUCAACUCUUCAAGGACAAAACUGGAAAGAUAUUGCAUGUUCCAAUGCCGGUUCACUGCAACUGUACGCCGUACAUCAAGAAACUUGAGAAUCAGGUGGAAGCAAGUAAAGAGAGGCUCCUGCAUGAAAUAGACAUGUCUAAAGCUCGCUUUGAGAGCAGAAUGAACAACAUUGAGAAGCGCAUGACACACCAGGCUCAGUGCAUGGACCAACUGUGCAAGGAACGCAUCGCAGCCGAAAGAGCGGACUGUAUUCAUAGGAUUGAUCAAAGGGCCGUUGAGGAGAGGAAGGCGUGGUCGGAGGAGCACGAUGCUCGGACGGAUACCCUGAGGAGAGAACUCAGACACUGGUUCGAAUCAAGGAUUCAGCCACUCCAUGAACAGUUGAGCAGGACCAUGGAUGAUGCUGCCUUAGAGAGUGUAUCUUCCGCCGCUAGGAGAAGUCGUCCAAGGGCAGGGUUCUACAGGUUGAACGGUCGCGAGGUGCUAACGCAUCGGAAGAGAUCGAAAUCGGUCGGGAAUGUCAGUGAUUGUGAUUUAGAAGAGGAAGAUGAUGACAGUGAUGAAGAAAGCGAAGAUGAAAGUGAAGAUGAGGAGGAGGAGCAUGUUACGAUGAAAAGCCGUGCCGAGGAACAUCAUGUAUCGUCGAGGCAACCGAGCGAACAGUCCCCUCACCGUUACAAGAAGGCGGAGACAGCGAAAGGUAAGGACUAUGCCAAGUCUGGUGCCAUUCCAAAGUCAUCCAGAAGUGGCAGCUUCAGGCAAGCAGUUAGCGAUGAAGACCAUGCCAGUGGAAGCAGUAGCAAUAGUGGUACUCCUCUCAGUAUGGUCGAUGGAACCUACCGACCUCCUCUCAUUGCUGCCCAUGAACGUUCCCCUAACACAGACUCUCACCACUCACUUCCAUCUGAUUUUGUCUUUCCAUCUCAAGAAACGGACGAUACUGAAUCAUCAGAAUCGUCAGAAUCUGAUACCACAUCUCAACAAUCCCUCGAGACGGUGUCGUACAAACCAAAAUCAAUUAGUGGUUCUACGGAUGUUUCAUCAUCCACCAGAGACUCUGGUCUCCAUACCUUGAAGGGGUCCAGUGUGUCUUCAGAUCGAAGGUCACAUGGUCCCAGAAGGGCAGACUUGAUCGCCUACCAAGCCCUCACUGUCAAUGCUAGACCUCCGCCUCCAUUACGCGCUCAAGUCCGACCCCAUCUUCCAGUGAGUACUCAACCACCACCAACAGAGUUACGCACGCAAGCAAACUACACGCCUCCUUUCAGCCCGCCUGUCUCGCCAACUUCUACUGCAUCUCAGCCACUUUCAACAUCGACCCUCGCAUCGUCAUCAUCAGAUGGUCAUAGAGUUGGAACUCCAAGUACAGAACAACCUUCAAGUGAUAACCCAUCACCGACCGACUCUGGGAAGGCUCAGAGCACUUCCUCAGGUAUUUCGUCCGGAGAGGCGUCAUCACACCUACACCCCUCCCCAAUCAAGUACAACGUCAUUAACCCCAACAGUGGACAGUCUUACCAGGGGACAUACAAUCCUCGAUCCUCAACAUUGACUCAGCGUCCUGAUCUCUUUAAGAUCGUCAAAUCUGAGCCUAUAAAAUCAUCUCACAAUGAUCCACCACCUCCUUAUAGAAGUACCAACGGUGAUUCCUCUGAUAAUAGGUAUAGGGUUUCCCAACCAUACCUUAAAAAUUCAAACAAUGUAACCAAUGGACAGUCUUCGAAUCAGAAUAGGUUGCAUGACGUUCCUGUAAAAAGUGGACCUUCCCCAUCUGUGAGCAAUCCAAACUCUAUACCUCGUGGUAGGACCAGUUCACAUUUAGAUCAGAAGAGAAUUGGUAGUGGAAGCGAUUCAAGUACCAGUGUUAGGACACACAGUUCGGGUUACUCGGCUGCACCUUCCAAGUCGGCUGCCAGUCGUCUUGGUGUAACCCCGUCUCUGAGUGCUGUCCGUGGGAUGUCAAGUCACACUAAUGCUACCUCUUCAAAGGAUCAGAAUCGGAUGCACCCUCAGUCAAGAAGUCACGCCCCCCACCAGUCUCUUCCACCGGGUUAUUCUGUGAUGCAAGGAAGGAGCGGGAGCAACGGUGCCAUGUUUGCCAUCACUCGAAGCAACCAGUCACACGCCGGUACCACAAACUACCCAGAGGUUCCAGCAAACAAAAACAAUAACGCGGCACCUAAUUCUUUUUCCACAUCUCUGAAUCCAAACUCAUAUUCAUAUGCGUCAAACACCGCAAGAGCGUUCACCAACCAUGCAACUUCAGGUAAUAUCCGCAACGAUGCCAGCUCAGUAAACAACAGUACCUUUGGUGCGCCAAACGAUAAUUUCUAUUGUACUAGUGGUACCAAGGACAAAACAAGUGGUACCUAUGGUGCUUCUUCACAUUCCAAUAGGGCAAGCAGUGAAAACCAUGUGGGUUAUGGUCAAUUCAGUGUAAAACACAGAAACCCCGGCGGUGGUACCGUGAAUGGUGCCGGUGCCACCAAACCCAACAUUGAUAAUAGAACUAGUGGUACCAUCAGCAACCCUUCCAGUGUACCUUCCAUGAGUACCGAGAGAGGGAGUGGUGUACCUUUCGAUAGUAAUGGUGCCAGCAACGGUGCAUGUCUCUUCAGUACUGUGGAGAAUUUUAAUAGGACUGCUGCCCCGGAACAGAAAUUGAAAUACACGAGGGAGAUUAUUCUAUGAGUUGGAGCAGAGUUGCUAUUUAGCUAUUGAAUCAUUUUGAUGUGUACUUCUAUUACACUAAAACACAAUGUCCCAUAUUCUGAACUUUGGUCUGAAAUUGUCGUUUAACUAUGGAUAGCCAAUUGUGGUUUGGAUAGCCAAUUGUGAUUUAACUAUGGAUAGCCAAUUGUAGCACAAGCCUCUUGGUACAGGUCGAAUUGAUCAGAUCAUUUUGAACUCCAAACAUUCUUAACUGUGUGAGAAUAAGAAUUAAAUAGAUAAUUCAGACAGAAUUUUCACAAUUUUGGCUUCCCAUAAUGUUGGCAUUCUAAUAGUCCAUGGUCUAAGUCAUACUGGACUUCAGAGUACGGACAUAUGCCAUGACAGUAUUCCUAUUAUGAAACCAUAUCUUGGAUUAAGAGACAUACUACAGUAAACUCUGCAGAAGAUGAAAGCUAACCAAUAUAGAUACAUUUCUGAAGUGGUGAUGAAAUCGGGGGGAUGUCAGUAAGUGAAACAUGAGUAACAUGAUAAAUGAUUAUGACUUCACUUCCAAAAUCCUUAUGUAACAAAAAUUAGGAGAGUUUAUGAAAUGUAUAGAAAGAGGAAAAUCACUUUGUGCAUUCUAAGUUUAUGUGGGAGUGUGGACCUUGCCUAAUGAAGAGUUUUGAUUGAUCCAGUUGAUCUCAACUUUGGAAACAUUAUCAGAGUCCCAUUAAGUGAUACAAUCGAUAUUUGUAAUCGAUUGUACUUUCUUAUCCAUGAUGUGCCAUAGACUAACAGUUGCAAUCGAUUGUACAAUUGAUAUUGCAAUUGGUUAUAAAAUUGAUUGUUAUCUUUAAGUGUACCAGGGCCCAGCCUGUUCAUGUCGGGUUUGAGAAUGAAGUUCCCUUUACUGCAUGACAUGGCAUUGGCGAUAUGGUCUCAUAAAAUCCUUGCGAUGUGAAGAAUUUUAGAGGUCAGUCUUUUAAUUUACAGAUCUUCCUGUAAAUCUCAAUGAUCCUCAGGUCUUCGAAUUGGCAAAAAUGAAUUAUUUAUUUUCAAUUAUUUGAAAUUCUUAUGAGUCAAGUACGGUGCUUCCUAGGAAUUCUCAAUGAUCCUGUGAUCCUCAAAUUGGCAUCAACUAUUAUAUAUUUUCAAUCAUAAGAAAUUCUUAUGCAUUUUACGAGUCAAGUACGGUGUUUCCUAGGAAUUCUUAAUGAUCCUCAAAUUGGCAUCAAUUAUUAUUUAUUUUCAAUCAUAUGAAAUUCUUGCGCAUUUUAUGAGUCAAGUACAGUGUUUCCUAGAAAUCCCAAUGAUCCUCUGAUCAUCAAAUUGGCAUCAACUAUUAUUCAUUUUCAAUCAUAUGAAAUUCUUUCACAUUUUAUGAGUCAAGUACAGUGUUUCCUAGGAAUCUCAAUGAUCCUCUGAUCCUCAAAUUGGCAACUACUAUGUUUAUUUCCAAUAGUGAACAAUGAGAUGAUAUAAAUGAAUUAUAAUUAGAAAAAUAUGAAACCUACAUGUAAGGUCUGCACAUGCAGACUACACCCACUGUUUUUUUAUGUAGAUUGGUCCAAGUUAUGGUAUCAAACUUGUCAAAACAAACUCUUUCUUGCUUCUUUCAAAUCAUGCUUUCAUAAUUAAUAGGAAUGUAAUCAUAUACCUUGAAUAACACUGUAUUCACUCUUUUAACAUAUAAAGGAUUUUAAAGAUUUUUAUACCGAUGUGUGAUAAUUUUUAAACCGUUUUAUAUGAAAAGUAAUCUACUUUUAGUACUCCCCCAUAGUCUUUCCACUUACUUACCUUAUUUGUUUUUAAAUGUUUUUUUUAUAAGACAUUCAACUGCGAUUGUUGAUGAGAAUGAGGUUGGAUGCACUAAAGAUACCAUUGCCUUGUUUCAUAAAACUUUAUAUCAAUGGCAUUUUAAGUUACAAGCUACUGUUAUAAGCUACUGAAAACUGGAUCUGAUAGGCUGAGAGCAGAAUUGUCUGCUUGUACUUUACCAAGCCACUGUGAAACACCAAAUGAAAUGGUACAAAGACCUUAAUGGGAUAACAAGAAAAUUGAACUUAUCCAUGUAAGAGUAAAGUUCAGGGCCCCGUCUUACAAAGAGUUGCGAUGGAUCCGAUCAAUCGCAACUAUGGGCGGCCAGCAACGUCAACAUCUAUUAUGCAUGCUUGUUCAAAAUAUUUUCUAGCUUUGAUGUAUAUUCAUGCAUUAAUCGUUUUCUUAAAAAUUCACUGUGCUUCUCUUUGUUUACAAAGGACAUUGUGAAAAUUUCCUGCAGAAAAUUAUGACACUGAUGGAUUUCCAUAGAGUUACAAUUCACUGGAUCAAUUGUAGCUCUUUGUAAGACGGGCCCCUCGUCAGUACCUUUCAAAAGUACUGUACUGUACAUGACUUUGUUUACAAGAUAUUCUCACCCCCUGAGCCUUGGCAAUAAGAUAACAUUGAAUUCCAAUCAUGAAAAUAAAUAUGAAAAAUUAGAAUAUUUGAACGAUUGUUUGAACAGAAUUGGACAAACGAAUGUAAGUUGUUGAAAGUUGUAUUUGCUUUGAGUGUCAUCAUGUUCUUCAAGCUAAUUCUGACAGUGACUCCUUUCCAAGGACCAAUUGAUAUUUUGUGUUUUAUAUUGUCAAACAUAAUUUUCAAUUGAUUUGUGAAACAUUAUUUCAAACUAGUUCAGUCUGCAAUUUUGUCCAAUAAUGCAGACUCUGUAUAUCUUGGCCCCAUGGCACCAUUUUUUUUUUUCAGUAAACCCAGAUUUAACUUAGUAAAAGUUAUUUGCUAAACUUAUGGAAAGCCCCUCCCCCCAAAAAAGAAGAUUGUGCUCAAUGUGAACAAAAUGUUGCUGCUGGGGGGGAAGGGGGCACUACGGAAAAAAUACACAAUUUCAGAAUUUCUACUCACCAAGUUGCCAAUUUAAAAUUCACAUAGUCUUAGUGAUCUCAUUAUAAGAAAAAGCCAUAACCACCUCAUAUCUGGUACGAUUCUUUUUGCAAACUCCCACCAUUCUUCUUUUCCAAUUUUUCUCCCUUGAUGCAAGGUGUAUACAGGCUAUAGCCUCUUUGGCCCAAAUUCACAAAGGUGGUUUUGAAAAUCCACGGUUGAGUCCAUGGUUUAUGCAGAUUUCCUGUAUGAAUUACGCUUAAUUUAGCGCGUAUCGGGCGCUUGUAUAAAAACAUGUCCUAUGCUGAUGCGCGCUUUUUUCACAGUGCGCCAAAUUGACGCCUGUUACCAUGGUUAGAUACGCUAUUUUAUUCAUGAGUCCACUGUUUGAAGAGUGGACUCAUUAUUCAAACAAGUAGACUCGUGAAUAAAAUAGUGUGGAUAAAAUAAGCGUAAUUUAUACAGGAAAUCUGCAUAAACCAUGGACUCAAUCGUGGGUUUUUAAUACCACCUUUGUGAAUUCGGGCCAUUGUGUUCCAAUUACCAGUACAAAAUGCUUCUUCAAACUCUCAAGUUUAAUUUUAUACAUUCAGCUGCAUGAAAUAUUAUUCCAGUAGAAUUACAAUUAUGCAUACCUUACUACAGUUUGCAAGCAUUUUAUGUGAUAUGAUAUUGAAUUACACGCAUUGUAUUCAUAUUUAUGUGUAUUUUCUCAAAUCUUUCAUAUUCAUCAAACUUAAAGUACUAUUAAUCAUUUGUACUUGUGUGUCAUUUGUAUUUAUGACAGUUUUUGUACAUAUUUAUACAUAAGAUAUAUUAUUAAAAUGCAAAUCAUAA